AACGAGGACUAUUUUUGAAUCUUUUGCUAGUCCUCAAACUCAUAUCGGAGUACGAUCAUCUUCAUCAGUUUGAUCAUCUAGAACUCGACGAAAUUUUGGUAUAAUGAAUAAUUAUAUGUAACCAUUGAUUUAGUCGAAGUAAGUGUAAGGGUAAUCAAAUUUCUUGAAAGCAUCGAUUUUCUCCAUUGACGGUCAUCACCAAACACGAGUAAGAAAAAAUGACGACCUAUCAUUUUUUCAGUUCGUCGUUUGUCCAAGACUCGUUUCUUACGAAAACAGCAGGCGUUGUGCGGGAUGCCAACGAAACGCUUUUCUCGUGGUUGCUAUCAAAUCCUCCAAGCAGCAAAGCAAAAGAGACCAGCGCAGACAAAAUUGAUACCUCCUUCUAUGGCACCAGCGUGUCUUUCUCCUCGCUGUGGCGUAGGCUACCAUCUUCAGAAAAUGUUCAUAUUGUUAAGGUCCACCCUCGUGGCCGGAGAUCAUGCUCCACGUCUUUCAGAGCACUACCUUGCUGCCCGGGGACGGAUCCCAAUGAGCAACCACCCCAGCCUGCGACGGACGAUGCGGGCCAUCCAGCUGGAAGCUUAACGAUAAAUGAGGAAGAAAUGAAAAUAGAGGAAGGGGCGGAAGUAAAGGACGGGAUUGUCAUCGGCUUUGUGAGCAUGCUAGUGGGAUAUAUCUGCAGUAAAAAAGCCAAAAAGUCGAUACAAGCAGCACGCGUAGAAGCCGAACUUGAUCGCAAACGCGCGGAACUGUACAACUAAUCUUUUUACCUGGUGAAUGCUGGUGGUUCGUGUAGUACAUUUUUUUUGAACUACAGGGGUUCUCGCGGAUUUUUCAUUUGCCUUCAAAUCAAUUCUAAUAUGUAAAUCGUAAAAAUGCAUGUUGAUGUUGAAGAACGUAAUUACACAGGGCUGCCUUGGAAGCCUUGGGUUCUGAAAAUGAGCUGGAAUACACAACCGGUGGAACCCCCGUUCUCCGAGGUCGAGGUAGGACUAACGCCGAUGACUCGAGUCCCGGUCGUGACGUGUCCGAUGGCGAUGACACUGCAACCACUUCACCGACGAUCGGUGAGAGUGAUGGCGCCGGAAGAGGAGUGGGAGAUCCGACAGGAAAGGGCGAAAAAUCUUCUGGUGGUGGGAAGAAAAAAGGCAAAAAAUCGGGCAAAAAGAAAGGAAAAGGAAAGGGAGCGAAGUCACCAGAAAAGGGGAAUCGCACACCGGAAAAGAAGGGGAAAGGGAAAGGAACACCGGAGAAGGGCAAAAAGAAAUCUCUGGGAAAGGUCAAAGGGCGAUAGAAACAGAAGUUUAGACCUGUGUCGCUCCUGCUGACGCUGACUCAAUUCGAGACGCUGAUGAAUGAUACCUGUCAUAUCUCUUUGUAUGCACGAAAUAUCGGAGUUUUUUUGCAUAUUCUGAUUCCUUGCUUACGAGCUACACUUGAUAGCGUAAAGUCACUUUGUUUCUUG